CAAAUCCAGUAGGUGCUGAAAAAAUUUGCCAGUGUUCGUAAGGCUCCUUUUUGCAGUUGCAUUUUGCAGUUCCCUACGGCACUACCUCCUCGCACACCAAAUAUAUUGGGUAGGUGGAGAAAACGUGAUUUCAAAUCCAGUAGGUGCUGAAAAAAUUUGCCAGUGUUCGUAAGGCUCCUUUUUGCAGUUGCAUUUUGCAGUUCCCUACGGCACUACCUCCUCGCACACCAAUUUCUACCUCCUCAAAAGCGCAUACUGUUUAUUUGGUGUGGAAAAUGGAGGCGAGCAGCUUAUGGGACAAAUGGGUCGAAAAAGCAAUUUCAAAGCUCCAAUCUUUGAAACUGCUUCGAUCUUUAAGACCCCUUUAUCUGUCCAACGAACAACAGGAAGUGGCCAGUGUUGGAAUUUCCAAUGAAAAAGAAUACCAGUUGUUCGACGAAAUACAACCAUGGGAUCGUUCCUCUGUCCAAGUCUCUAUUCCUGAAUCCACUUACCAUAGGUGGCUUCUUGAGAUUCCCAGUUCUGGAGAGGAGAUUGUCCCUAAAGAAGGAUUAGCUGAUGAUAAUUUUGGCACCUGCCAACAGCAAUUCAAGCGGUUAAUUUUGUUCUCUGGAAAUGAUUAUUUGGGCUUGAGUUCACAUCCAGCAGUUCGGAAAGCAUCUGCUAAGGCAGCCCAAGAUUAUGGAAUGGGCCCGAGGGGCUCUGCUUUAAUCUGCGGAUAUACUUACCACCAUAGAUUACUGGAGUCAAGCUUGGCAAGCUUAAAGAAGAAGGAGGACUGUCUUCUUUGUCCUACAGGGUUUUCAGCCAAUAUGGCAUUGAUGGUAGCACUUGGAAACAUUGCAUCUCUCCUUGCGGCAGGCAACAAGCCUUUGAAGAACGAAAAAAUUGCCAUUUUUUCUGAUGAACUAAACCAUGCAUCAAUAAUUGAUGGUAUUCAUCUUGCUGAAAGACAAAGAACUGUAGAAUUCUUUGUAUAUAAACACUGUGACAUGUCCCAUCUCAGCACACUGUUAUUGAGUUGCAGAAUGAAGAAAAAGGUUGUUGUGACUGAUAGCUUGUUUAGCAUGGAUGGAGACUUUGCACCUAUGGUGGAGCUUGUUAAGCUACGCAAGAUGCAUAACUUCUUGUUAGUUGUCGAUGAUGCACAUGGAACAUUUGUUUGUGGCAAGAGUGGCGGAGGAGUGGCAGAGGAAUUUGAUUGUGAAAGAGAUGUUGAUAUUUGCAUUGGAACUUUGAGCAAGGCGGCAGGUUGUCAAGGUGGAUUCAUUGCCUGCAGCAAAAGGUGGAAGCAACUUAUCCAAUCAAGGGGUCGUUCUUUCAUAUUUUCUACUGCAACACCAGUUCCUGUAGCUGCUGCUGCACAUGCUGCUGUUAUUGUGGCAAAAAGAGAGAUGUGGCGCAGAAGAGCACUUUGGAACCGGGUGCAGGAUUUUCAAGCUCUGACUGGAAUCCCUAUCUCCAGUCCAAUUAUAUCUCUUAUUGUAGGAAGCGAAGACAAAGCCCUGAAAGCUAGCAGGCAAUUGCUGAAAUCUGGUUUCCACGUGACUGCAAUCAGACCACCAACAGUGCCCCCUAACUCUUGCAGGUUGCGAAUUGCUCUGAGUGCUGCACACACAACUGAUGAUUUGAAGAAGCUCACAGCUGCACUCUCCAGUUGCAUUAACUUUCAAGAUAUUAAGAAUAAUGGCCUCAACAUGUAUUCCAAGCUGUAGGAUCUGAUUAUUUUGAAGGAUGGCAAAUGUUUAACAUGUGUCUCUAUUUAAGAGAACAAAUGUGUUAUAACGCUUAUCGAUAAGGCCAUUCAUCUUCUAGCUAGGUGCACAAUCACAUUCAUGAAGACAAAUUGAUUGCAAAUUACAAUUGAAUUUGACGGGGAAAGUUUGUUUGUAUCUUGGCAUUGCCAUAUCUAUGUUAUGUUCAUUAUUGAGGUAGUGUCAAGAGAUCUAUUCUGUAGACUGUGAAGCUUAUUACUAAAUUACUCCGAUUUACUGAUUUUUCCCAUAAUAUAAUGUUGCCAUUAUCCCUAAAAGAAAGGAAGAGUAAGGGUAAAUGUCCUUGUCCUUCAAACUCAUUCUUACUCUGUCCCUGGCAGCAUCGAAUUAUGGACUGGAGACUUGAAAUAACGUAGUGUAUGUAUAUAUGUAUGUCAACAAAGGCAAGAGUAAGGAUAAAUAUCCUCGUCCUUUAAACUCGCUCUUACUCUGUCCCUGGCAGCAUUAAAUUAUGGACUGGAGACUUGAAAUAACGUAGUAUAUAUAUUUAUAUGUAU